GAGUUGACGAAAGAAUUCUCAACUACGUUGAUGAACAAAUUUCGGUGGGUGAUUUCAUUACUAGUGGGGGAGAAAUACCGGCUUUAUUAAUUACCGAAACUUUAAUUCGUGCUUUACCAGGAGUUCUUUCUGUUGAAGCUUAUCAAAAUGAGACUUUACAGAGCGAAAAUGCUUUUGACUUUUCGUCCUAUACUCGUCCAGCGGCUUUUGAGGGUCAAGAAGUACCGGCAGUUCUACGAUCCG